AGAUAAACAGGACUAUAUAGCCUGGACGUAACCUCUGCACUUGUAGUCAAUCUUUGUCACACAACAUGGCAAGCAGGAAAGCUACCAAAGACAAAGCAGCCAAACUGAGACAGAAAGGCUCAUCCAAUGUCUUCUCCAUGUUUGAGCAGUCCCAAAUACAGGAAUUUAAAGAGGCUUUCAGUUGCAUCGAUCAGAACCGUGAUGGAAUCAUCAGCAAACAGGACCUGAAAGAGACCUACGGUCAACUGGGUAAGAUCAAUAUAAACGAUGAGGAAUUGGAGGCAAUGUUGACUGAGGGAAAGGGGCCAAUGAACUUCACCAUCUUCCUCACUCUCUUCGGGGAGAAACUGAACGGUGCUGAUGCAGAAGAAACCAUCCUCAAUGCCUUCAAGUUGUUUGAUCCUCAAUCAACGGGGAACCUGAACAAAGACGAAUUUAAAAGACUUCUGCUGACUCAAGCUGAUAAAUUCAGUGAAGAAGAGGUAGAGCAAGUGCUUGCUGUGACUCCUAUUGACGUGGCCGGAAACCUUGAUUAUAAGUCACUGUGUUACAUCAUCACCCAUGGAGAUGAGAAGGAAGACUCCUAGAGGGGGCUGAGGCCGGGAGAGGAAACUAACUCAGUGUGCUGGUUAAUCCUGACCUACUAUCUAUUAUCAAAGUCACAGCACUUCUCUAUCUCUCCGACUUGCUUACUCCCCAACCUAGUACCCAUUGCCUCCGCUCGACUGGCUCCAGCCUUCUGCUUGUACCUCGCACCCUCUGUU